AUGGAAGAGCAGCCGGACAGUAAAAGUCACCGAGACUCUGCUACAACAACUACCACCAGCAGCAGCAGCAGCGAUGGAGAAAGCGUCCCCGUCUCCCCCAGCCACGCGCCUUCCUCGCCUGCAGCGCCCUGCAUCCUGCCCAUGCCCCACCACCACCAGCCGCAGCCGCAGCAGCACCGCACCACCAACUUUUUCAUUGACAACAUCUUGAGGCCGGACUUUGGCUGCAAGAAAGAGACGCUCCUGAUCGUCGGCGGAGCAGCAGCAGGAGGAGGUGGUGGAGGCGGCGGCCGGGACAGAGACCGAGAUCGCGGUCAGACAUCAGGUAGAGAAAACGUCAACCCACUGAUAACGAGGCCAUCCAACCCGUCCUCUCUCCUUUGCCCGGAUUCAAACUGUAACCCCGACAGCUCCUCCUCGGCGCCUCCUGCUGCAGCUGCUGCCUCUAAAGCGAACCCCGCCGCGGCAGCAGCAGUAGCAGCAGCGGUAGCGGCAGCCAAGCCACCCUCCGAAGGGAGUGGAACUAACCCGGCGAAGUAUGGGGAACACGCCAACCCCGCCAUCCUGCUCAUGGGCUCUAAUAAUGGAGGACCUGUUGUAAAGAGCGAUUCUCAACAGCCUCUAGUAUGGCCUGCCUGGGUUUACUGCACUAGGUAUUCAGACAGACCAUCUUCGGGUCCGCGGACCCGGAAACUGAAGAAGAAGAAGAACGAGAAGGAGGACAAGCGGCCUAGAACAGCCUUCACUGCCGAGCAGCUGCAGAGACUCAAGGCGGAGUUCCAGGCCAACCGCUACAUCACGGAGCAGAGGCGGCAGACCCUGGCCCAGGAACUCAGUCUGAACGAAUCCCAGAUCAAGAUCUGGUUCCAGAACAAGCGGGCCAAAAUCAAGAAAGCCACGGGCAUCAAGAACGGCCUGGCUCUUCAUCUCAUGGCCCAGGGACUGUACAACCAUUCCACGACCACGGUGCAGGACAAAGAGGAGAGCGAAUAA